AUGCAGAGAGAGCUGGAGAGCUGCCUGAGUUUGGAGUACACUCCGGACAGUCUGCCCCUUCUGCUGCACCAGGACCAGAUGUUGAAUUUGAGGUGUGAGUAUGAGGACGCCGUUCAGAGAGCUCGGAGACUGUCAGCGAGCAGAGAGAAGGUCCUGACCAGCCGUGGAAACCCUGCCAACCUUCUCACUCAGGACGAUGUGGUCAUUUAUCUGCAGUGGCUGAUCUGCCAUCUCCACUCUGUGCAGACCAUUCACAACUUCCUGAGGAUUGUGGAUGGGAUUCAGGUCUGGAUUCUGUCUGUUUUUCAAAAUGUUGUCAGUGUUUUCUGGAUCCGAUCUACAAUGACUGCAAGUGUGGCUGAUGAAGUUCCUCUACUCACAAUUCACCUGGAGGAGUUUCUACCUGAGCUGCAGACUUUGAUCACCUACUUCCAGCUGCCAUAUGACACUGGGAAUCUCAGGACGGCUGCAGAUGAGAUGGAGCUAUUCAGCAGGGUGUGGAGGGAGUUCAGAGGGAUCUUUCAACAGCAGGAACAGACAAAAACAUUUCCUCAGUAUGAUGGUACGGAUGUCAAAGACAACCAUUGGGGGAGGAGAAGUGCUAACAUGGCUCUGAGGAAGGACGCCAAAUGGAUUCCCUUCAUCCAGGUGAAACCCAGACGAGAUCCAUGGCAGCAAAAGCUCUUCACAAAGCUGAAGGAAAAGAAAUCUGUCGAUGGGCUGCUGGAGAUGCACUGCAGCUUUCUGCAGGUAACCAGGAUUCAUCUCACAUCUCCUUGA